UCCCGUCCCGUCCCCCGGGCGCCCCUCGCGGGUCGCCGCCGCCCGGCGGGGCGAUGGCAGAAGCCGCGAGCGGCAGGGAGCAGCCGGCGCCUCCCGACGCCGCUCCCCGCGCCGACGAGGAGCCCGAGGCGGCCCCUCACGAAGCGGCGGCGGGCAGGAGGCGGGAGCGCCGCAGCGGCGUGGCGGCCGUCGGGGCCGCCGAGCGCUUCCCCGGCGGCAGCCCGGGGCCGGCGGCAGCCCCGGAGCUCGAUGCCGGCCUCCUGGAGGCGGCCCGGGCCGCCCCGCGGCGCAGCAGCAUCAUCAAGGAUCCUUCAAACCAAAAAUGUGGAAGAAAGAAAACUGUGUCCUUCAGCAGCAUGCCAUCAGAGAAGAAAAUAAGCAGCGCCAGUGACUGUAUCAGCUUUAUGCAGGCUGGGUGUGAACUGAAGAAAGUUCGUCCAAAUUCCCGGAUUUAUAACCGUUUUUUUACUCUGGAUCCUGACCUGCAGGCUCUUCGCUGGGAGCCUUCCAAGAAGGACCUUGAGAAAGCCAAGCUUGAUAUUUCUGCUAUAAAAGAAAUCAGACUAGGGAAGAACACGGAAACAUUCAGGAAUAAUGGACUUGCGGAUCAGAUUUCUGAGGACUGUGCUUUGUCAGUAAUUCAUGGUGAGAACUAUGAGUCCCUCGACCUGGUUGCAAAUUCAGCUGAUGUGGCCAAUAUUUGGGUAUCAGGAUUAAGGUACUUGGUUUCUCGUAGCAAACAACCCCUGGAUUUGAUGGAAAGCAGCCACAAUACCCCACGAUUUGCCUGGCUAAAAACUGUAUUUGAAGCAGCAGAUGUUGAUGGUAAUGGCAUAAUGUUAGAAGACACAUCUGUGGAGCUAAUAAAGAAGCUUAACCCCACCUUAAAGGAAUCAAAGAUUAGAUUGAAAUUUAAGGAAAUCCAGAAGAGCAAAGAGAAACUGACAACACGAGUAACAAAAGAGGAAUUCUGUGAAGCAUUCAGCGAACUUUGCACAAGACCUGAAGUUUAUUUCUUACUUGUGCAGAUAUCUAAAAACAAGGAGUAUCUAGAUGCCAAUGAUCUCAUGCUGUUUUUAGAGGCUGAGCAAGGAGUGACCCACAUAACAGAAGAAAUGUGUCUAGAUAUUAUACGCAGGUAUGAGCUUUCUCAAGAAGGACGAUUGAAAGGUUUUCUUGCAAUUGAUGGAUUUACUCAAUAUUUGUUGUCCCCAGAAUGUGAUAUUUUUGACCCAGAGCACAAAAAGGUUGUCCAAGACAUGACACAGCCUUUGUCCCAUUACUACAUCAAUGCAUCCCACAAUACAUACCUAAUAGAAGACCAGCUGAGAGGACCAGCUGAUAUCAAUGGUUACGUAAGAGCUUUAAAGAUGAGCUGUCGGAGUAUUGAACUAGACAUCUGUGAUGGCCCAGAUAACGAGCCGAUUAUUUGUAACCGUAACAACAUGACAUCGCCACUUUCCUUUCGAAGUGUUAUUGAGGUGAUAAACAAAUUGGCCUUCUUUGCUUCAGAUUACCCCCUUAUUCUCUGCUUGGGGAACCACUGCUCAGUACAACAACAGAAGGUAGUGGUACAGCACAUGAAAAGGAUCUUUGGAAACAAACUCUACACGGAGACACCUUUAUCCUCAGAAGCCUACCUUCCAUCACCUGAGAAACUGAAAAUGAAGAUCAUUGUGAAAGGGAAGAAGCUGCCCUGUGACCAGGAUAUAUUAGAAGGAGAAGUCACAGAUGAAGAUGAAGAAGCUGAAAUAUCCCGAAGACUGUCAGAGGACUUCUCAAGGGAACCAAAGCUUAUCUGGCUCUGCAAAGAAUUGUCUGACUUGGUGUCUCUAUGCAAGUCUGUCCAAUACAAAGACUUUGAGACAUCCAUGAAAGCUCAGAAUUAUUGGGAAAUCUGUUCCUUUAGUGAGGCAGAAGCCAGUCGGAUCGCAAAUGAAUACCCUGAAGAUUUUGUCAACUACAACAAGAAGUUUCUCUCCAGAGUGUACCCAAGUGCUAUGAGGAUAGACUCUAGUAACUUAAAUCCUCAAGAUUUUUGGAAUUGUGGUUGCCAGAUAGUGGCAAUGAACUAUCAGACCCCGGGGCCCAUGAUGGACCUGCACACUGGCUGGUUUCUACAGAAUGGGGAAUGUGGGUACGUUCUCAGGCCUUCAGUCAUGCGUGAUGAAGUAUCUUAUUUCAGUGCAAAUACAAAGGGCAUCGUUCCAGGGGUCUCCCCCCAAGUCCUCCAUGUCAAAAUAAUCAGUGGUCAGAAUUUUCCAAAGCCCAAGGGUGCAUGUGCAAAAGGGGAUGUUAUAGAUCCCUAUGUUUGCAUAGAAAUCCAUGGGAUUCCUGCAGAUUGCACCGAGCAAAGAACUAAAACUGUUCAGCAAAACAGUGAUAACCCCAUUUUUGAUGAGAGCUUUGAGUUCCAGAUCAAUCUACCGGAGCUGGCCAUGAUCCGUUUUGUUGUUUUGGAUGAUGACUACAUCGGGGAUGAGUUCAUAGGCCAGUACACCAUCCCGCUGGAAUGCCUGCAGCCCGGAUACAGGCACAUACCGCUGCGGUCUUUUGUUGGCGAUAUCAUGGAGCAUGUUACCCUCUUUGUGCACAUCGCAAUAACCAAUCGAAGCGGAGGCGGAAAGGCCCAAAAGCGCAGCCUCUCCGUGAGGAUAGGAAAGAAAGCAAGGGAGUACAUCAUGCUGAGGAACACUGGUCUCAAGACUAUUGAUGACAUCUUUAAGCUGGCCGUGCAUCCGCUCCGAGAGGCCACUGACAUGAGAGAAAACAUACAGAACGCCAUGGUGUCUGUCAAAGAGCUAUGUGGGCUCCCGCCCAUCGCGAGCCUGAAGCAGUGCAUCCUGACCCUGUCCUCGCGGCUUGUGAGCAGCGAGAACAUGCCCUCCGUUACCCUCUGCAUGAAGGACGCGUUUCCUUACCUAGAGCCUCUGGGGACCAUGCCCGACGUGCAGAAAAAGGUCCUGGCUGCAUAUGACCUGAUGAUUCAAGAGAGCAGGGUUCUUAUCGAGACGGCAGACAUCAUUCAUGACAAGAUCGUUCAGUGUCAGAAAGCAGGGAUGGAAUUCCAUGAAGAGCUCCAUAACCUUGGCACAAAGGAAGGCUUGAAAGGAAGAAAAUUAAGCAAAGCCAUUGAAAGCUUUGCAUGGAAUAUCACAGUGCUGAAGGGCCAAGGUGACCUCCUGAAGAAUGCCAAGAAUGAAGCCCUGGAGAACAUGAAGCAGAUCCAGCUGGCCUGUCUGUCCUGCGGACUGAGCAAAACUGGAAGCGGGCUUGCAGAUGCAAAGUCAAAACGGUGCCUGGAGGCGAUACAGGAGAAGGAUACAGGAGAUGAGAAUGGGAGGCUGUGAUCAGAGGCAGAACUGUCGCGUUUGUCACAGAUUUCAAUAACUCUAAACUAUUUUUUUAAAGCAUUUAAAAAUUCACACAGGAAUGCCCUCUACAGGGUGUUGAUAGUAUUAAAAUCCUCACAAUGUCAGUAUUUUAAUGCAGUAAAUUUAUCUAAGUUAAACUCUGGUAGUGAGAUUUCUAAUGAAGCCAAGCUGUCUGUACGCAAGUGCGCAUGUGUGCGCACAUGCAAAUCUUGUAGACGCCCUUUCAUGUGUUACAUUAGCCAUUUGCUAAUUUAUUCCUUUCUCAUCUUUGAAUAGGCCUGUUCAUUCUGAAGAUCAAAACAAAUAGAGAGUACUUAUAUCAGUUUUAUGCUUUAUUUUAUUCUCCAGCUUUUAUCAUUUAACUUACAGGUUAUAUUACUGUUAAGUUGUUUAAACAAACAAAGUGCAUCGACAAAUGUCACUAACGGCUGUUUUUGUCAGGGCAAAAACAGAGGUUUGCUGCAGAUCCUAAACAUGAUUUUUAAUGAACAAUUCAAGCAAAGGAUAUAUUAAAUGGUCAGAAUUUUUGGAUAGAUUAUGAUUAGAUUUCAGGUGUACAUUUCACUGAAUUUUAGCAAACUGCUCUUUCGGGUACAUCCAUAUAACAGACAUUAAUGUAAGAACUAGCUGAUUUAUUUCAUUCUAGUGAAUCAUUGCUACCUUGUAGAUCUGCAGGACAGCUACAGUCUUUGCUGAUAGGCAUUUAACUCGUGUAGUGAUGAACAUAGCUAGUCAGCCCUGUAGUUACGAGGAGCUGUGAAUAUUCUUCAGUGAUUGUGAACUCUGAAGGUGAGCUUCAGGUCCUUCUGAAACGCCCGAUGGUGCAAGUAUUGGAAGGAAGAUUCUAUAAAUUUCAUAAACUCUGAGCUUUACUGGAAGAGGUGUGAGAGGUCAGAUCUUGCUUGCCUUCUUCUACUUAGUGAUCCUGUUGAAGUCAGGGGGAUAAAACGGGCAGGAUCUGGCCUUUUGUUUCUGGUUAAGAAUCAUGUUGUGCUAGAAAUUUGAAACAAGGCUGCAGAACUGCUAUGGAUGUAGUGUUAGAGAAAUAGCUUGGGGAAAAAACAGGGUACCAGCAAUUAUGUGCAGCAGUUACAAAUGUCCUGGCACGUGUCAGGUGUUCAGGGUAGCGCUGAGGAUUGGAUGCCUUUUUGUGACGCUGUAGAAGGGAGACAGAAAAUGUCCCAAAGCAUUGCAUCCCUGUCCUUCCCAGUGUCCAGCUCAUGUAUGCUCACAACGUUCACUUCGAUCAUUUAAGUGCUGUGCUCAAGUGUAGUAUUUGUGUUACCUAAACAGAACUAAGUGUUUUAUGGUUAUAAAAAAGACUAUAUUUAUUUAAAGCAUUGCUUUUAUUUUGAAAAGCUACUUUUUAAAUUAAUUUGAUUAACAAAUAUACUAAUUUUCUGAACUUAACAAAAAGUAAUUGCUGAAAGUUUGACCAUUGGAGAAUCUUAAAUAGCUAUUGUGUUAUUUUUGACUUCUUAAUAACACUAUUAUGUUCAUGUUGCACAUUACUGAGAGAGUAAAGCUAUGAAACAACUUUGA